UUUGCGCCGUGAAGUGGAGAGUUGAACUUGUAAGGUCUUAUGUAGCUUUGCUCCAAGUCUUUUGGCAAAAUUGUGCUCAGCUGAUGGCCAACUUGAUAGCUCCGUGGGCAAAUUUGGGGUAUCCUAGACUAGACAAUAAGUAGGCUAACCGAGUUGAGUCCUCGUAAUUUCAUCCGAAGCCAAGCACUUUGACGUUGGUUUCAACCUUUUGCGUUCGUAUGUCUGAGCAUCGCUUUUUUACUCUGAUUACUCGAUUUUUCAAAAUAGUUAAAUUUGGGUAAUUAUUUGUUGGUUUAUUUCCAUGACACCAAAAUGAUGCAGUACACGAAGUUUCGCAUAAGCACAAAGGAGGACAUAGAGGUAUUGGAAGGAAUAACAAUGAACAAAGCGGCAAAAUCUAUAUCGAAGUAUUCUGCAGGCCGUAAAAAUUUUGACGAUAGUUUCUAUAUAUGUGAUUUCGGCGAUCUUGCGAAGAGCCAUAAGAGAUGGAAUGAGUUAUUUCCCAACACGUCUCCAUUUUAUGCAGUGAAAGCCGCUCCAUAUCCACCAAUGAUUAGGUGUUUGUCUGCAAUGGGUGUUGGAUUUGACUGUGCAAGUCAGGAAGAAAUUGAUUUAGUAUUAAACAAUGGAUCAACUCCGGAUUCUAUCAUUUUUGCCAACCCGACAAAAUCAGUCUCACAUAUUAUUCAUGCAAGAGAGAAAGGAGUAAAAAUGUUGGUAUUCGACAGUGAACAGGAACUUCACAAAAUCAAGGAACAUUUCCCAGAUUCAGAGUUGAUUUUACGAAUAAUGGUCGAAAAUCCAAUAGCCGAGCUUCCUCUCUUUGGCAAAUUUGGUGCAACAAUGGAAGAAUCUCGACAUCUUAUCAGCGUUGCACACUUAACCAAGAUGAAGAUAAUAGGAAUAAGUUUUCAUGUUGGUAGUGGAUGCCUUGAUGCAAAUUCAUACGAUGAAACAAUUAAACAAGCAAGAGAACUGUUUGAUUACGGAAAAACAUUUGAAAUGAAUUUUGUUAUUUUGGAUAUUGGAGGAGGCUUUCCUGGACUUUUUGGAUCCGCUUUGUCCAUUGAGAAAAUAGCGUCGACCGUGAAUGCCUCGUUAGAAAAAUAUUUUCCCUUUGAAAUAUUCGAUAAUUUGAGAGUUAUAGCGGAGCCGGGAAGAUAUUAUGCCGCAACCGCGUUUGUUUUGGCGACAAAAGUGAUAAAAAAACGGGAGCACACAAAAAAACCUAAUGUGGAUGUUGAAUACACUAUCAAUGAUGGAAUCUUCGGAUCUCUGCAGUUUUCGCAUGGGAGUUUACCAGGAGAGUUAACUCCUUAUGUUCCGGAGGAAAAAGCAGACAAGGAUCGCCAUUAUGCGUUGUUGUGGGGUCCAAGUUUAGGCAGUCGCGCUAUAUCUAUGAGGAUGUUGGUGCCAAAAUUGGACUACGGCGACUGGCUAUUUUGGAAAGAUGCCGGGGCUUAUACUUUUGCACGUUCAAGUGGUUUUAACGGAUUCAAAACAACAGCAUUUUACAACAUUGUUUCAACAGAAAAUGAGGCGAUAUUUUGGUCCCUCAUGAAUGAAAAAGCCAAAACAUUAUUGAAGAGAUAAGAAGAUUGUCAAAAGUUGCCAUGUGAUAAAA